AAAAUUUCGCAUUUUGCACACGGACCCAUCGAUGCCUUCGGCGCGCAACUCGUCGAUUCAAAAAUCUUAACAAGUCGCCGUUUUGGUUGGGAUCAUAUCGGAAAAUGAAAUAAUUUAAGAAAGGAGAAAGCACGAAAAAUAAUAUUGAGGAACAGUGUGUCUGAAAGGUUUAUAUUUUUAACAGUUGUGAAAAUGCAAUUCAAUUCAGUUGAACUAUUUUCCCAGCAACGAAGGAGCAAAUUAGUUCCUUGUUGGCUGGCUGCGACAACCAGUGAGAAAUCAUUUAAGAAACAUUAUAAAUCUAGUACCAUAAAAAAGAUAGAUGUUGCACAUACUUGUGAGGAGAUUCAGAAAGAAAUACAGUUGCUUAGAUCAGACGGCAAGUCAGAGAGAUUUAUCAUGUACCUGUCAUCACAAUUAAUGUCUGGUAUUACAAGAAUUCACUCUUAUCAAGUUGCAUAUUAUCAGAAGGAAGUUUUGGAAAUUCAAAUUGAGUCUGAUGCAUUGAAAAAGAAAAAGAGUAAUAAAGAGAUUCCAUUCCAAGAUGGUACGGAUGUACCAAUGGACAAUCUUGACUAUCCUGUGAGAGAAUUGUCUCUUUCAGAUCAAAAUUUACUUAAUGCACAGUUACAAGCAGAUAGACACCUUUUAUCUGAUGAAGAUGUCAAUCUGCCAAUGACUAUGCAAGAUGUAAAUUUUGGUCAUGUCAACUAUAAGGACAUGGAAUUUUUAUUUGGACAUGGUGACGAUAUCUCAGAUGAAAUGAGAAUGCUACGAAUAAACGAGGAAACAGACAUUUCUGAGCACAUAAAUACUCUGACAAUCCAUGAAGAAAUUCAAGAAGGACACCAGUCUCAGGAAAUUCGUAGUCCAUCGAUUAUAGAUAUAUCGAAAUUAAAAGACAAGUCAAAAGAAGGAUUGUCUUUAACUCCACAAAAACGACAGCAGAUUGCACCGCAAGUGGAGACUCCUUCAAAGCGAAGACGUUUAUCUUUUAAGACUGCUGCAACAAUUGUACUUCCUGACCCUGUGGAAGAAGUGGCAGUACCAACUCCUGAAGGAGAAUUACCUAUAAUUCAGGAUCAUUUCGUGAUCAAAAGGCGUUCAAAAAAAGGCCCAAUUAUUGAUCAAAAAACCAUCUUAACUGACAAGCUGCUCCAAAAAUGGCGCCAGGAUGUAAAUAUUCAUUGCAGGCAAUUCGUUGAUAUACCGUCAAAAUAUGAUAAGGUGAAAAAAAGGUUUUUAGAAGUGCCUUCACUCUUACCUAUGAAACGUUACCUCCAAUGGAACACCAAUUUACAUAAUCUCUUUGCUAAUCAUAUCGUCGGACCAUUUAAUAGUGUAGAUCAGGAUGUCUCACUCUUUGAACUCGCUCAAUCCCAAGAAGCAAUACGUGUAGAAGAAACAAAUAGCAGGUUAAAUCUUCCUAUAGAGUUGAGUGCAUUAGUGAGGACGGAUACUAUUGUCGAACCUGUAGACAAUACCGUGAACGUCCUGCAGAUAACGAACGUAGCUCAGGAGAUUAUGGAGGUACCAUUACCAGAAGUGAUACUGGAUGAUACUAGGAUUUCUUUAGGAGAGGGCACUAGCGCUAUUGAGGCUGCACAAGACCAGACAGAAAGUGUAAGAGAACGAGAAGAUUCACCACUUGCAUUAACAAGUCCUGAUAUAUGGGCGUUAUUACAAGUUUUAUGGCACGAUAAUUACCGUGUCAAGUUUAGUCAGCUUAUUCCAAAGGACGGAAGAUACACCAAACAUGAUGCUGCUAUCGCUUUUGAUAUACUUGUCAAAUUUCAUGCUGAAAAGAAGCUCAUUUUGGAACAGCCUGAAUGCUUUCGGACUCUAUGGAUUCGAAAGUAUUACAAUCAGAAAUAGAAUUUGUCCUUUUCUUUGUUUCAGUCUGAAUAUGGACUCACAAAAGAUGAGAUAGUAGGUGAGUUAACGGUAAUUUAAUAAUUAUAAGAUGAAUUUUAAAAUAAUUCAUAAAUCAUCAAUAAUUAAUAUUUUUAUAAUCUAAAAGUUUGUGAUAUUUCUGAAAUUUACUUUCCAUACUUUAUAUUACACAAUACAUAAAAUAUUUUUUGUGUACUAACAAUUUUAAAAAAUAAUUAAUAUCUUUUUCAUUUGCUCAAAUUAUUGUUAUUUUAUUUAUUUUGUCCAUGUAAGAGGUGUUUUAAAUUCGCCAUUAGAUACAUGAGAGAUAUGAAAUUGAUUGCUAUGUGAUAUAAGUGCCUGCCAGUUGGUAGCAGUUUUUCCUGUUUACUUAAUAUCUUGAUACUGAGACAUUUAAAAUAACAGUGUUCGAAAUAAUUUAAAAGAGAAAACAUAAUAAAUUCGAUAGAUACCGACAAUAAAAGUUGUUUUAAUAGAUGAUCUACAUGAAUAAACCCGUUAAGCAUAAUUAAUGCCUAGUACGUUAUAUGCGAAUUGUUCAUUAUUACAGCAAAAUAUGCAUGUAAUAUACAUAUGUUUAUGUAAUGUAUAUUAAUAAAAUUAUGUAACUUUUUAUGUAAAAAAA